AUGUCGAAAGAGAUAAAUUAUGCCCCCGAUUAUGCCCCAAUAAUUGGGUUUUCGGGCUGUUUUUUUGCAAUGUGUCUAAGUUGUGUUGGUGCAGCCAUAGGUACCUCUAAGAGUGGUAUCGGUAUUGCUGGUAUAUCUACCUUUAAACCUGAAUUAAUUAUGAAAUCCUUAAUCCCUGUGGUUAUGAGUGGUAUUUUGGCUAUUUAUGGGUUGGUUGUUGCAGUUUUAAUCGCCGGUGGUUUAAACCCAACAGAGACUUAUACUCUUUUUAAUGGAUUCAUGCAUAUGAGUUGUGGUUUAUGUGUUGGCUUUGCCUGUUUAAGCAGUGGUUAUGCUAUUGGUAUUGUUGGGGAUGUUGGUGUUAGAAAAUUCAUGCAUCAACCAAGAUUAUUUGUGGGUAUAGUGCUUAUUUUGAUUUUUGCAGAAGUUUUAGGAUUGUAUGGAAUGAUUAUUGCUUUAAUUUUAAACACUAGAGGGUCAACCAGUUAG